GUGCUAGUUUUCUAUGCCGCAAGUACACUGAAUUUGUUUAUUAGUACCAGUAGUAUAGUAUUUUUUGUUCAUUCUUUUUGAUUUUCUUUUUUUCUUUUUUUGAGAUGGAGUUUCCCUCUUCUUUUCCUGGCUGGAGUGCAAUGGCACAAUUGUAGCUCACUGCAAUUUCCAUGCCCCGGGUUCAAGUGAUUCUCCUGCUUCAGUCUCCCAAGUAGAUCAGAUUAUAGGUGCUGCAACCAUGCCCACCUACUUUUUUUGUAUUUUUAGUAGAGACUGGAUUUCACCGUGUUGGCCAGGCUGGUCUCAAACUCCAGACUUCAGGUGAUCCGCCCACGUCAGCCUCCCAAAGUGCUGGGAUACAUGCAUGAGUCACUGCACCCAUUCUGUGAUUUUCUGCAUAGAAGAUCAUGUUAUCUACAAACAAAUAUAACUUUCUUUCUUUCUGACUUAGAUGAGGGUUUUGUUUUUGUCUAUUCAAUUUACGUUGUAAAAUGUAUUUUCUGUUUCCUGAAGUAAAUUUUUUUUUAAAGAUGGAGGCUUGCUCUGUCACCCAGGCUGGAGUGCAGUGCAGUUAUCUUGGCUCACCACAAACUCAGCCUCCCAGGUUCAUGGGAUUUUGCAGCCUCAGCCUCCUGAGUAGCUGAGACUACAAACGUGUGCCACUGCGUCUGGCUCAUACUUUUUUGUACUUUUUUUUUUUGUUUUUGAGAUGGUGUAUUGCUCUGUUGCCAGGCUGGAGUGCAGUGGUGUGAUCUUGGCUCACUGCAACCUCCGCCUCCCGGGUUCAAGCAAUUCUCCUGCCUCAGCCUCCCAAGUAGCUGGGACUACAGGCAUGUGCCACCACGCCCAGCUAAUGUUUGUAUUUUUUAGUAGAGAUGGGGUUUCACCAUGUUGGCCAGGAUGGUCUCGAUCUCUUAGCCUUGUGAUCCGCCCUCCUUGGCCUCCCAAACUGCUGGGAUUACAGGCGUGCACCAUUGCGCCUGGCAGACUUUUUUUGUAUUUUUAAUGGAGGUGGGUUUCACCAUGUUGACAAGGCUGGUCUCGAACUCCUCAUCUCAGGUGAUCUGUCUGCCUUGGCCUCCCAAAGUGGUGAGAUUACAGGCAUGAGCCAUGUCUCCCAGACUUUGAAGUGGUGUUUUUUAAAAGUAAUGAAACUUUUUUUUUUUUUAAGCUUGAGGCAAUAUCGUGCCACUGCACUCCAGCCUGGUGAUGGAGUGAGACUGUCUCAAAAAAAAAAAAAAGUAAUUAAUUAAUUAAAAAGUGUGCAGCCAUCAGCCCUCAGGCCCCCUCUGUCUAUGGUGUAGCCAUUUUUUUAUUCCUUUACUGUUGUUGUUGUUUUUUUUUUUUUUUUUUUUUGACCCGGGUUCAAGCGAUUGCUCUACCUCAGUCUCCAGAGAAGUUGGGAUUACAGGAAUUCCCCAUCAGACCAAGCACAUUUUUCUAUUUUUAGUAAAGACGGGAUUUCUCCAUGUUUCUUGGUCAGGUAGGUCUUGAACUCUCUCUCAAGUGAUCCGCUCACCUCAGCCUCUGAAAACGCUGGGAUUACAGGCAUGAGCCACUUCGCCCAGACUUUUUUUUUCCCCCAACAUCUAAUGGGCAAAUGCAGUUUUGUUUUGUUUUGUUUUGUUUGAGACGGAGUUUCACUCUUGUUGCCCAGGCUGGAGUGCAGUGGCGAAAUCUAGGCUCACCACAAACUCCGCCUCUAGGGCUCGAACAGUUUUCCUACUACCUCUGUCUUCCGAGUAGCUGGGAUUACAGGCAUGCACCACAACGCCCGGCUAAAUUUGUAGUUUUAGUAGAGACAGGGUUUCUCCAUGUUGGUCAGGGUGGUCUCGAACUCCUGACCUCAAGUGGUUUGCCCACCUCAGCCUCCAAAGUGCUGAGAUUACAGGCGUGAAUCAGUGCACACGGUCUCUCUCUUCAUCCUCUUAUCUGUUUGCCUCUAUUUUCCAUCACAUUCUGCUCUAAGGCUUAUUUAUUUAAAAUGGCUUUUAUUUCUUUCUCUAUUGUCAUCGUGGAGAUGAUUUCUCAUUUGGAAGAAGAUUAUUUUGUUUUCAAUUGUAUUUUCGCAACAUUUAAAAAGUGAAGUAAAGAGUAUUUCCCGGGCCGGGCGUGGUGACUCACGCCUAUAAUCCAAGCACUUUGAAGGCCAAGGUUCAAGACCAGCCUGAGCAACAUGGUGAAACCCCGUCUUAAAAAUUAAUUAAUUAAUUGUUUUUUAAAAAAAGAGUAUUUCCCGGACCAGGCACCAUGGCUAACGACUGUAAUCCCAGGACUUUGGGAGGCCGAGGCAGGCAGAUUACUCAGUCAGGAGUUCUAGAUCAGCCUGGCCAACAUGGUGAAACUUUAUGUCUACCAAAAAUACAAGAAUUAGUUGGGCAUGGUGGUGCGAGCCUGAAUGCCUGCUACUCCGGAGGCUGAGGCAGCGAAUCGCUUUAAUCCAGGAGGCCAAGGUUGCAGUGAGCUGAGAUCUCGCCACUGCACUCCAGCCUAGGCGACAGAGGAAUACUGUCUCAAAAAGAAAAAAAAUAAAAGUAAUAGAUCUCUUCCGAAAAUGUGCUGGGAUAACUAACUGGACAUCCACAUGGAAAAGAAUAAUGUUGGAUCCUGGCCAGGCGCGGUGGCUCACGCCUAUAAUCCCAGCACUUUGGGAGGCUGAAGCGGUGGAUCACGAGGUCAAGAAAUUGAGACCAUCCUGGUCAACAAGGUGAAACCCUGUCUCUACUAAAAAUACAAAAAUUAACUGGGCAUGGUGGUGCGCACCUGUAGUCCCAGCUACUCGGGAGGCUUCGGCAGGAGAAUUGCUUGAACCCAGAAGGCAGCAGUUGCGGUGAGCCGAGAUUGUGCCAUUGCACUCCAGUCUGGGUCACAACAGCAAAACUCCAUCUCAAAAUAAUAAUAAUGUUGGAUCCCUAAGCCACAUCAUCAAAAAUUAUAUUUUAAAAAGAUUUUUUAAAAAAGGAAGGAAGCCCUGCGGGAAGGGGUGUUACUGUGUCGCCCAGGCUGGCCUGGACCCACAGGCUCAGCCAUCCUCCCUCCGUUGCUUCUUGAGUAGCUGGGACCUCAGCCUGCCGCCCCUGCGCCCGCAUCCCAGCAGUGUGUAAGCAGCAAGUGGUGACCUCACUCCUCCCCAGCCUGAGCACUCCGCCCCGCCUCCCACGCGGUGGCGUUAGGAAAGUCUUUGAGGCUGAGCACACUGUAGACUCUCCCUCCCGAGUAAAUGGAGAAUGCAAAGGGAGAGGAUUUCUGUUCUGUUCUGUGGGCGUCAGCAUGAAAUCCUACAUUCGGCACAGGCAAGGGCUUUACAUUUCACCUUCUAGUUUGCAUCCCCGUUCCAGACAACUCCAGGGCUUUCGAAUCAUGCCUCAGCCUUUCUGGCCGGUGUCGCCUCCAAAACCCGAAAAACAGAGACACUGGAAGCGAGGCCUCUCCCGAUUCUAAAGGGCAAGGUCUCUCUGCCUCGCCCAGCGCCCCAACCUCCCCCAGGUCCCGCCCACCAUGCGGGGCCCUCCCAGGUCUGGCUUCUGUCUUGCGCGCGUAGAUUCACGCAAACGCGCUCAAACCCGGAAGCGGAUCGCGUGGGGGUGAAAGUCCCACCGAGGCGUGAGACAGGGUUUCACCAUGGUCUCGAUCUCUUGACCUCAUGAUUCACCCACCCUGGCCUCCCAAAGUGCUGGGAUUACAGGUGUGAGCCACCGCACCCAGCCUCAGGAUUGACUUCUAAAGACUCUUGAUACAGAAGAAACCCGGAAGAGGAAGAGGAAAGCAAAGGAGUCAGGGAUGACUCUUCCUCAGGGUCUAUUGACAUUCAGGGAUGUGGCCAUAGAAUUCUCUCAGGAGGAGUGGAGAUGCCUGGACCCUGCUCAGAAGACUUUACACAGGGACGUGAUGUUGGAGAACUACAGGAACCUGGUCUCCCUGGACAUCUCUUCCAUAUGCAUGAUGAAGGAGUUCUCAUCCACAGGGCCAGGCAAUACAGACGUGUUCCACACAGGGACAUUGCAGAGACAUGAAAUUCAUCAAACUGGAGAUUUUUGCUUCCAGAAAACUGAGAAAAAUAUUCAUGACUUUGAGUUUCAGUGGCAAAAGGAUGAAAGAAAUAGUCAGGAAGUACCCAUGACAAAAAUCAAAAAGCUGACUGAUAGUACAGACCGAUAUGAUGACAGGCAUCCUGGAAACAAGCCUGUGGAAGAUCAGCUUGGAGUGAGCUUUCAUUCACAUCUGUCUAACCUGCAUAUAUUUCAGAAUGAAGAGAACAUUGAUCAUCAACUAGAGAAGUCUGUAACUGAUGUUUCCUUAAUUUCAGCUUCCCCAAGAAUUUUUUGUAGGCCCCAAACCCAUAUUUCUAAUUACUGCAGGAAUAAUUUGCUUCAUUCAUUACUGACAGAAAGAGAGGAAGUACACAUGAGAGAAAAAUCUUUCCCAUGUCAUGAGAGUGGCAAAGCCUUUCAUUGUAGCUCACUGUUAAGGAAACAUCAGACCAUCCAUUUAGGAGAGAAACAAUAUGAAUGUGAUGUGUGUGGCAAGGUCUUUAAUCAGAAGCGAUACAUUGAACGCCAUCGUAGAUGUCACACUGGUGAGAAACCUUACAAGUGUAGUGAGUGUGGCAAGAGCUUCUGUCACAUGUCAUAUCUUGUAUGCCAUCGUAGACUUCAUACUGGAGAGAAACCUUACAAAUGUAAUGAGUGUGGCAAGACCUUCCAUCAAAGUUCAGGCCUUCUAUUUCAUAAGAAAAUUCACACUGGAGAGAAACCUUACCAAUGUAAUGAAUGUGGGAAGGUUUUUAAUCAAAAAUCACACCUUACACGUCAUCAUAGACGUCAUACUGGAGAGAAACCUUACAGAUGUGAAGAAUGUGACAAAGUUUACACUCGCAAAUCAUACCUUGAAAUCCAUAGGAGAGUUCACACUGGAGAGAAACCAUAGAAAUGUAACUUUUGUGACAAGGCUUUUGGGUGUGCUUCACACCUGGCACGAUAUACUAGAAUCCACACUGGAGAAAAACAUUACAGGUGUACUGAGCGCGGCCAAGCCUUUAGUGGACACUGAGCACUUAUUCAUCAUCAAGCAAUCCAUGGUAUAGGGAAACUUCACUAAUGUAAUGAUGGUCACCAAGUCUUCAGUAACGCUACAACCAUUGCAAAUCAUUGGAGAAUCCAUAAUGAAGACACAUCUCACAGGUGUAAUUGGUGUAGCAAAUUUUUCAAUCUUUCAUACCUUGUCAUUCAUCAGUGAGCUCAUACUGGAUGGAAACCGUAUAAAUGUCAUGAUUGUGGCAACGUCUUCAGUCAAGCUUUAUCUUAUGCAAAACAUAGGAGAAUUCUUUUUUUUUUUAGAAGUGAAAGGUCUCACAUAUUUAUUACUGAACCCAGGCAACCAAAGCCUUCUUGUUUUUUUUUAACAUGAAUAAUGGAAGCACUGUGGGUUGUACUAACUAAUGCCUUCAUAACAGAUCCAGAGAGGAAACUGUUCAAACUUCUCCAGAUAGCGGUGACAUUUUUCAGCUUGAUUUGGUAACACGAUUGUGACUUUCAGACCGCAUAAAUACAUGUGCCAUCACAUGUGUAAUUUCUUAUAGCCCCAGCUUGGUUCUUCUCCAGUGUCUCCUUUUGGAGUUGUACCUGAUUUUAUUACCAGUUUUCAUCCGAAUCCACUGGGGAAUGGGACGAUUUUGCUUGUUUCUUGGCCAGGAAUCGCUUAAUACUGAAAGUCUUGUGAGAAGACAUGGCGAGAAAUGGAAUAAAGCACACACCACGAUGGCGGAGAAAGGAAGAGAGGAGGAGAAUUCUUAUUGGAGGAAAACCUCACUCGUGUGAUAAUCGUGGCAAAGCCUUUGUUUCACGUUCACGUCAUUAGACAUCAGAGAAUCCACAAUGGACAAAAAUCCUACAAAUGUCAUAAGUGUGGCGAAGUCUUCAGUCUAGAGUAAAUCUUGCAGAACAUCGGAAAAUUCAUUCUUGAGAUAAUUGUUCCAAAUGCAAUGCGUAUAACAACCCAUCAAGCAUUAACUGACAUUAGAGUCAAUUCAGCAUCAACUUGAGUUUGCGUUGACUUAACAUUGAGUUCAAGCAUUAAUUGACAUUAAAGUUUUUAUGUUAAGAGGAUUAAGCCAGGUGUGGUGGCUUUUUAUGAGCACUGUGUUGAAUGUAAGUCACAUUGGGUAAUAUAAUCAUUUAACAAUAUUUUUCCAAUCCAUCAAUAUGGGUUGUAUCUAUAUGUGUGUAGUCACUAUUUAAGUAUGAUCUUCUCACCUUUUUACAUUUAUUCCUAAGUAUAUCUUACUUUAAGUUGUCUAGCAAAUGGAAGUGUUUUCUUAAUUUCCUUUUAAAAUUGUUCAUUGUUAAUGUCUGAAAAUUCAGCUAAGUUUUGCUACUGAUACUGUAUUCUGCAAAUACACUUAAUGUAUGUAUUGGUUAUAGUGGUAUUUUGGUUGACUGAUUUUCUACACAGAAAACCAUGUCAUCUACAAAUAUUAUUUACUUCUUUCUUUCUUUCUGAUUUGGAUGAGUUUUAUUUCUUUUGCUAUUUAGUUGCUCUGGCUAAGACAGCCAGUAUUUAUUGAUAGAAGGGGUGAGGGUGUUCUUGGAUCAUGUGAGAUCCUACAGAAAAAGCAUUCCAUUUUUUCUUUUUAACUGGUUAUUUCCAUCGUGGUCAUUUCACGGAGGGUCUUUAUAUUAUUGAGGUAAAUUUCCUUCCUUGUCUGUUUUGUUUAGGAUUUCUAUGAUGACUGGAUGGUGAGUUUUGUGAAAUGCUUUUCCUCCAUCUAUUGAGAUAAUGUGGUUUUCAUCUUUCAUUCUGCUCAAGUGGCAUAUAUUGAUUUGCUUGAAUAUGUUGAAUCUUUUUUGCAUCCCAGAAAUAAGUGGCAGUUUAAUUCCAUGAUUCUUUUUAUAUCCUCUUGAAUACAAUUUAAUAGUAAAAGGGGUCUUCAAGAAGUUAAUGGAAAAAUACAUAUUAUGAGAAAA